UUUGUUGUGUGUGUGUUUAUUUUGUAUAUACAUACAGUUGCAGAUAAUACUACUAUCGCAAUUGUAAUUAUUGGAAAUUACAGUAAAUUAGUUUAAAAUACGUCAAGUGAUUUUUAAGCAUUUGCACAUGGUAGGUGACGUUUUGUAGUGUCAAAUAAUCUAAUAAUAAUGCAGCAAAGAAACUCGGUUUUGUGUUUAAGUUCCAAAGCGAAUACUCAAAUAAAACGUGAUCGAAAAAAGAGAUUUACAAGAAAAUCAGUAUUAAAAAUGUUAGCAGUGAUGGAUCAAUCUCAAAACGCUCCGGGUCCAAGUAAUUCAAAUCAUCAAGUUUCCGCGCCAACUCCAGAAGAACCGGAAGUCGCCGAAAAGGAUUUCCAUUCUUCAGGUCGAACCGGCAGGAGAAAUGCUUUACCAGACAUUUUAAGUCAACAUGCCGUUGUAUCCAGCGCCGAUUUAUCAUCAAAACUUCAAGGUUUAACAACAAACGAUAACAGCGAAUCGUCGGACAAACCAAGUACUAGUAAAAGCUGAAAUAAUUAAUUAAAAACACCGGAAAAUCGGUAAAAUUUCCACUUGAAUUUUGUAUGUUUUUCUAAAAAAAAAACCCAAAUUAAAGAACGGUUAUUCAUUUUGGAGAAAAAAAUUGUUGUUGAGUAGAUACUCAGAAAAAGUAGGAAGUUUAAGGUUAAAAGGAAAAUACAUUAAAUAUUUUGUAAUAGGAGUGGAUUAAAUUUUAUUAUUAUAGUGCGUGAAAUAUCCCAACGUUAAAUUAAGGACGUUCCCAAAUGUGAUUCGUGCUCAAUUUAUUCAACGCUUAACUCAAUGUCAAUAAUUUGAAUUAUAAUUGAUAAAGGUCCGCGAUUUAUUGGGCACCGUUAUCUCGGAGCACGACUCCGAACGACGAUCUUCCGAUGUGAAAAAGUUUAUCUGCGAUAGAAUGUGACGUCAUCAACGCCGUUGCAACGUUAUAAACCUCUAUAAAGAUUGGUUAGGUUAAAUUUACCGUACGGCGCCAAAUCUUUUGAUACGUUCGCAUUCUAUCGCAAAAUGUCGUAGGUUAAAUGAAACAAAACAUUUUGGGAUAGAAUGCGACGUCAUCAAUACAGUUUGCGACGCAAGGAAACGGCGUCGAAUUAAUAAUCAGGAGUGUGUUCCAAGGUCAUGCUGGAGCCCAUAUUUUUUGCGAUCGGAUUCAAAAAAAUGUUAAAUGAAAGGAGACAUUUUGCGAUAGUGUUAGCGCCUAACCUAAACAGUCUUUAAAAAAUAAAAAAUAUGAAGGAGAAGUUUUGCUCCAAAAGGUGGGAUUUUACCUCAAUAAAGUUUCGAUUUGCUCAAAAAUUGUUAUUUUAUCGAUGGAUACUUUGGCUUCAGACAUUUUUUGACGUAUUUACAGAAAGGCAUUAACUAUUUUGAUUCUGUCUGUCGCAAAAUGUCUCAUUUCUUUUAACCUCUGAAAGGGGACAUUUCGCGAUAAAAUGCGACACCAUCAAUACUGUUUGUGACGCACAGAAAGUGCGUCAAAUCAAUAGUCGUGACUGUGGCGAGGGUUAAAUAGAACGAGACAUUUUAGUAUAGAAUGCGACACUAUCAAAAAGUGUACGUUCCAGCGUUACCUUGGAACACACAUCGGCGACGUCGCAAAAUGAUCUGAUGAUGUCGUUAUCUAUCCCGAAACGUUCGCAAUUGAAAUUUUUUAAAUCGGAAUAUCGUCGUGCUCCAAAAUAACGGAUUGGUUGGAAUCAUUGUUCACAAACAAAAACUUUCGUUAGUGACUAGAUCGAUACUAUUGAUGUCAAUUAUUCGACCCUGUAUAUACCCCUUUUGACCCGAACCUCAUAUAUUGCAUCGUGUAUGUCGCUAUCUUAUGUAAUAUCCCUACCAGUAUACUAAUCAUCAUUAAAAUUCUUUUAUGGCCCACAGUUUUUACAAUCAGCGUUCAUUUUUUUCUCUGUAAAAGUCUCAGGGAGAUACGAUUCGCCCCGUAUAUUUUUCCCGCCAGCCGGUGACCUCACGCGUUAAGUAGUAUAUUUUCCCGCCGAUGAUUCUUCGCCCGAACUGCCCCGCGUCGACGCGAUAAGAAUUGGCGCGAUCUUUGAACGGUGGUUGGCCCAAGAGUAGCAUCCUCUACUAAUGUAUCAAAUUCUAGAAUAUAAUUGGUAACGUCUGAAUUUGACGUAUGUAGCUACGUGUGACCCUGUCAAUUGUAGUAAUUAAGGGAUAUACAGGACUUCACCAACUUGGUUUUUUUAUUCUAUACAUCAAAAUUGUUGCUUAAAUAAAAAUAAAUGUUCGCUUUGUGUUGCUCGCGCUUAAAACAAAAAAUAUAUUUUUCUACAGUCGACUAAUUACUAUAUUGAAGCGGUGUCUUUGUCCGCUUCUUCCUUUUUCUUUUUUUUCCGGAUUUUGGGUUGGGAUUGUCUCGCUUUGUUAUUGCUUCUUUUGGUGCGUGCCCUAAGCGAGCAUGACCUAAGAUAAUAAAAACUAUUAUAUUAUAAUUACUAAUAGUGCGACUGUAGAAAAAAUCAUGUUUUUUUCGAGUGUAAAGUAUAAUUGCCUCUCUCAAAAAUCGUCGCGCUCCGCAUCGCGUGCUAACAUUCUUUGUUAAGCGAAAAUCUGUUACUUUAGGCUCUAAAUACACAAAUGACUAUUACACUCCCAUCCUUUUAUCUAUUUUUACUAAUUAUAUGAUGAAAUGUCAAGUAAAAAACAAUUUAAACACUCAUAAAUCGCUGUAUAAUGUAAUUUUUUUUCUUGUGAAAUUAUUAUUUAUUGUUAUUUAUUAUAUUUGUUAAAAUGUCGAAAUCGAGCUACAUUGAAACAAGUUAUGAUUCAAACAAUGUCAUAUGUCAAAUUAAUUCAAGAAACAAAAAGAAGUUUUUUAAGAUUCAGUUGAUAUAGGUUACAUGUGGGAAAGUUAAGUUACGUUGCCGGUAUUUUUUUCUGUAAUAUGUAGUUGUCAACUAGAAAAGUAUAGAAACAAAAAUAAUUUCAGAAAGUUACGAUAAAAAAAUAUAAAUAGAAAGUUUCGAUAACAUAAAUAAACCUAAAGACAGUUCUAUUCUUAACGUCACAUUCGUGAGCGUUCUGUCAUAUGUAGGGGUCAACCUAUAGGAAUAAAAAAUCCCAUAAUGUCAAAUAUAUUCGAAAAAGAAGAAGAAAUAGACAGGUUCAAAGGUACUAGAUCAUUCUGUCCCGUUUGUUUUCUUCGCUUCCAAAAAAGUUGGGUCAAGUUUUUUCCGUCAAAUGUAGCUGACAAUCUAUCGGAAUAAAGGAUCGCUUAAUGUCAAAUUUAUUCAAAAAAGAAGAAGUAGACAAGUUCGAAGGUUCUAGAAGAAAAAUGGACCAUAUAUACAAGUCCUGUGUUCCGUUUAUAUUCUUAGCAUCCAAAAAAGUUGGGUUAAGUUACUAGUUUUUUCCGUCAUAUGUAGCUGUCAUUCGGAAUAAAGGAUCGCCUAAUGUCAAAUUUAUUCGAGAAAGAAGAAGAAAUAGAACGUUCCAUUGUCUUGAUGAUGACUUAUUGAUAAUAAAAUAAUUUCAGAAAGAUCUCAAUUUAGUCUGGAAACAAAUGGAAAUAUUGUUGAACACACUAUCUGUCACAUGUUACUGUCAACGAGGAACGUCUGAAAAAAGUAUUUUGCAUAAUGUCAAAUUAAUUCGAGAAAGAAGAAGAAAGUUACUAGGGCUCUUAAUUAUAAACCAUCUUGCUGACUGUGAGUUCAGAAGACUUUCAAUUUGCUACUAAAGCGCCAUUUUAAUUCGCACUUUUUUAUACAAUUACAUGGUCCUUAUUAUCUCUACAUUUCAUAGGUAAAAUCUAGAUCUUUCUGUGGACGCGUCAUUUUUUCGAAAUGAUACUGUAAGUAGAAAGUGAUACUUUCAAUUUAAGUGGUAUCUCUUGAAUCGACGUUUACGUGGAUUUUUUUACAUGUAAUCAAAAUAACACAUCACUCACUAAGUCGUGUGACCUAAGAAAAACAUUCUUUUGCCAAAAAUCGAUUUUAUUCAUCAACUCUAACUUCUAGAUUCCGUGCUGGUUGAAGAAUUUAUCUUUUGCUUCAAAAUAGGCUUCACUUUCAGCAAUUGCCUCUUCAUUUCUCAUCGGCGAACAUUUUUUGAGAUCAGCGAAUAGCCAGUAGUCACUGGGGACUAAAUCUGUUUUAUAAGACACCUACUUUGUAAAAAGCUUUCUAAUGGUCAAAUGUUCAUGCCUUCUGACAUCUUUACGGCCUCAUCUAUCUCACGCAAAUACUUUUGAAGCCAUUGCUGAGCUUCUUCAGUAUUUUUUUUUAUUAACAAGCAAUGAUAAAUUAAUAUUUGAAUAUAACAAAAUUAGUUUCACUUAAAUGGCUGUCACUUUUUUCUGACUGAUAGAAAUGUCAUGAAAUUUGACACAUAGUCUUUUGAAAGUUGGUACUUCAUAAACGUCAUAUGAUUUUGACAAUGACAGCGCCAUAUGUGUGUCAAACACACGAGUUAUUCAUUGAUGUUAUAGUAGAUUAGAAUAUACUCAAUUUACAUGUGGUAUAAUAUUUAGUUAGAAGGGAAUUUUUGUAACGGAAAAAAUUAGUAAUAUUUGAAUGGCGAAAUUUUGUGUAACCAUUCCAAAUCGCUUAUUUCAAAGUAGCUAGAUACACAAUGGUAUUUAAAAAAAAUGAAACAAUGUGCAAUUACACUAAAUUACUCAUUAUAUGCGAAAUUUUUGUAUGAUGCGUUUUUCCAAACAAGAUUUAAUUCAUACAUUUUUUGUUUUCGGUUUUAUAAUUAUUUAAUUUUGAUUGUCAACGUGAUUUCUCUUGGUGUGCUUCUCUAAAAUGUUAAAACACGAAAUAAUUGAUUAAAUGUAUCCAAAACUAGCACUCGAUACAACGUCUUAUUCACAAUCACUUAUUUGUAAUCAGAACAGUUUUAAGAAAAAAUGUCGUUUUACCCUGGGGAAGCUCUGAAAUUUCCUUCUUUUUCUAAAAAAUCCGAACUAAAUGAACCCACCCCUAAUAUAAAAUACAUUCAAAUUCCAUACAACCUUACCCCAAAAGACAAAAAAGACAAUCGUACACAUCCAAAUACUCCACUAUUAAGGGCCAAUUACACCCUCGUUAAUGCACGAAAUAAAUCCACCGAAGGUGGAAAAUCAAUUUUUAAAAAACUUUAUUUAUUACUUUACACUUAAAAAACUCCUGACAAUAAAAUUUACGUUUUCUUAUAUGACAACUGACUGACUGACUAAUUAACAUGUCUCUUUUAUUUAUACAUAGUGUGUAUGUUAUGAUAAGCGAAAUUUUAUAGUGUCGUCAGCUUCUUCUAUAUGGGGUUCUUGGAAAUGAGUGCCAUAACUCCUCCCUCCUGAAGUUUCAGCUUCCAUGGGGUGCAGCUAAGGAAGGUGAACAUCUUCGGAUUGAUUUUCUUGGAUUGGGUUUUUGCGUCGAAUUAUUUUAAGGGCCCAGUAUAAACAUAGAAAGAUUAGGAGACAAUAAAUUAUUAUCGUCCAAGUGCUUGGAAUAUAGGGAGGUGUAUAAUUCUUAAAAUUUGGAGUAUUUCUGAAAAUUCUUUCUCGGAGGGUGUUGAGGUCAUCUAAGUCUAUUUUUGGAAGGCUAAAAUUGGGAAUCUUGUUAAUGACAUUUUCAUGAUUGGGUAUGUACAAUCUUGGGAUAAAAAUGGCUUCUAUCGGGCCAUUAUUUAUUAUAGCUUCAGAAUCCAUGGUAAUUUGACAGGAUGUUGGGAUAGUGGCUAGGUAGGUACCAAUGUAGUUGAGGAUUUCUUCUUGUUGGUGACAGCUUAAUCGGAUGUUUGUGUUCUUGGGAAGGACGACGAUCCACUGGUUUGAUUCUUCGAGUCUUUUCGAUAAUAUUUGAGAGUUACUUAGGAGCAUCUGACGGCAGGUGGAAGUGGUCUUGAGAUUUAGAAGUUGAACUUCACAUGGACUGUUGGAGUCAACUCGAUGUAGGUUCAUCUCUUGACACAUAUAUUCUUGUCUAGCUAAUUUUACGCAUGGUUCGUCCAAAAGUUUGGAGUAGUAGUAGUACAAUUCAUUUUUUAAUAGAAAUUUAUUUUGAGGAAUGAUAACCUUCUUCUGUAGAUUCGAGUAAGUUUACAUAACUGCAAAGUAAGUUCAAAAUGUAUAAGCACUUAUCGUAAAAUGAUUGUGGGCUUUCAUUAGAACUUUGUCUUAGCAUUACAAGAUCCCUAUUGAGACAUAAUUCAUCUCGCUGAUCCGAGAAAUUUCUCAUCAAGACAUCUUUCAAUUCGUUCCAAGAAUUACAUGUUUGGAUAUUAAUUACUGUCUUAGCUUCACCCUUUAUUUUUGCUAUUAUCGAAUUCAACAAAUAAACAUUUUGGAAAUUAUUAGGAUUAGUUCUAUCAAUGAAAUUGCUUAUGAGUGAUUCGCUAACAGAAAUAAAUCUAUUCAAGUCAUUUGGAUUUCCGUCAAAAUCAGGAAUACAAUUUGAAUAUUCCCAUUUGAUAGAUUGUACCGCCAUAUCUAUUUGAUUAUUUACUGUACUAUUUGAAUUUGUCGGGUUAGAAUCAGUAGUGGUUUCUAAUAAUAAAUUAUUCCAAUGCUCGAGUUAGUUCGUUAAUAGUUACUUCAGAAUUCAUAAAUUGUACUUACAGAACAUAAAGGAUGAUUUUAAACAUGCCUUAUUAGCUAUGAGAACUCACGACAGAAUUCUCGCAGAUUUUGGGCAAUAUGCGUCCCAGAUCUCGUUGAAUAGUUGGUAGCGGCUUGAACAGAUCCUCAGUGGAUGGAAGAGACCAAAGAUAUGGUAACUCACUGCACAAAUAUACUCUACAAUAAUUCAGCAAAUGUAGCUCAGUGUUCGAUUUAUUUCGGUAAAUAGUUAAAACGAAAUCGCACAUACGAUAUGUUCGACCCGAAAAAUCCUACUGACUGCGCCAAAUAAAUCACCGAAGGUGGAAAAUCAAUUUUUAAAAAACUUUAUUACUUUACACUUAAAAAACUCCUGACAAUAAAAUUUACGUUUUCUUAUAUGACAACUGACUAAUUAACAUAUCUCUUUUAUUUAUACAUAAUGUGUAUGUUAUGAUAAGCGAAAUUUUAUAGUGUCGUCAGCUUCUUCUGUAUGGGGUUCUUGGAAAUGAGUGCCACAACUCGCGUAUGAAUCAUGCUAAAAAUACUUUUUUCUCCCCUCGGGUUUCUACUAGAUAAACAUUUUCCUAAAGACCCAAGUAAAAAUUUCCCUAUUUCGGCUGCUAGCUAUGACGUACAAAGGAUUCACUGAAAAUGAUCUGGUCCAUCUAGAUAAUUCUCCUAUCGCCAUCAGUGAAACGACACCCAGUAAAAUUUCUUAUCAAUUAGAAGUGAAAUAUGAUAAUAUCAACAUAUCAAGUAAAAUCUGUUUUUCGUUAUUCCACUAGUGGAUAAAACGGCACUUUAUAGGGUUGUCAGGUGAUUGUGGAUAAACAAUAUAAUGGCAUUAAGACGUAUUAUAUUAAGUUGAAGAAAACAUCGGAAAUAAAAAUUUUUAAAAAAUAAAUGAACACAUUGUACAGAUUCUGUUUAUAUUUUUAUUCGUUGUGUUUGAAAUUAUUUAUUUUUUUAAUUGAAGAACGGCCUUGAUUCUCACAGUUGUAUUCAACGAUAAUUGUGAUAUUAUUUUAAUUAUUUAUUAAAUUUCACUUUUAGCGCA